AUGCGUUAUGAGGCUCCUGUUGGGGAGAGACAGGCGCAGGCCGCGGGACCACGACCGUCCCGACUCACUCAGCGACCAUCAGCCCCCUCUCCCUCCCUUGUGACUCCUACUGGUGGUGGUGGCACAUACCCUAAGCAAGUCCACCAUCCGAGUCAAUGA